AUGAGCAAGGAGGCUGUGCAGGGCUUUUCUGAUUAUAGCCAUGAAACCUUCAUCAAUGCGAUGCCUGGUGGCUCUCAGCUUCAGUUUCCUGUUCCCGGGCAUUACGUCAUACUGUCGGAAUUGGCCGUGGAGAACCAGAGGAAGCCAGGAGAGAAACUUAAGAAAACUGUCUUAAUGAUUUCUACUGAGGCAUUUAUGAACCGCUUCCCACGAGUUACAGUUGAUAUUCAUAAAGAGAAAGUGGCAAGAAGAGAAAUUGGUAUUUUGACUACCAAUAAAAACACUUCAAGGACCCAUAAGAUUAUUGCACCAGCCAACCUUGAGCGGCCAGUCCGUUAUAUUCGAAAACCUAUUGACUACACAAUUUUAGAUGACAUUGGACAUGGCGUAAAGUGGUUGCUUAGAUUUAAGGUGAGUACCCAGAAUAUGAAGAUGGGUGGACUGCCACGUACAACACCUCCAACUCAGAAGCCCCCAAGUCCCCCUAUGUCAGGGAAGGGGACACUUGGGCGGCACUCCCCCUAUCGAACACUGGAGCCAGUGCGUCCUCCAGUGGUACCAAAUGAUUACGUACCUAGCCCAACCCGUAAUAUGGCUCCCUCGCAGCAGAGCCCUGUGAGGACAGCUUCUGUGAAUCAAAGAAAUCGAACUUACAGCAGCAGUGGGAGCAGUGGAGGAAGCCACCCAAGUAGUCGGAGCAGCAGUCGGGAGAACAGCGGAAGCGGGAGUGUGGGGGUUCCCAUUGCUGUUCCUACUCCGUCUCCUCCUAGCGUCUUUCCAGCCCCUGCUGGCUCUGCUGGCACUCCUCCCCUUCCUGCUACUUCUGCAUCUGUCCCCACCCCUCUUGUUCCUGCUACUGUUCCCUCCUCCACUGCCCCAGACGCUGCUGCUGGGGGUACACAGACCCUUGCUGAUGGCUUCACUUCUCCAACUCCCCCUGUUAUUUCUUCUAACCCCCCCACAGGUCAUCCUGUUCAGUUCUACAGCAUGAAUAGGCCUGCCUCUCGCCAUACGCCACCCACAAUAGGGGGCUCAUUGCCCUAUAGACGCCCUCCUUCCAUAACUUCACAAACAAGCCUUCAGAAUCAGAUGAAUGGAGGUCCUUUUUAUAACCAGAAUCCAGUAUCUCUUGCUCCUCCUCCUCCCAUCCUACAGGUGACUCCUCAGUUACCUUUAAUGGGAUUUGUGGCCAGAGUCCAAGAAAAUAUUUCAGAUACACCACCUCCACCACCUCCUGUGGACGAGCCAGUGUUUGAUGAGUCCCCACCUCCACCACCUCCUCCAGAGGACUAUGAAGAGGAGGAAGCAGCUGUGGUGGAGUACAGCGAUCCUUACGCCGAAGAGGACCCACCAUGGGCACCAAGGUCUUACUUGGAAAAGGUCGUGGCAAUCUAUGAUUAUACGAAAGACAAGGAGGAUGAGCUGUCCUUUCAGGAAGGAGCCAUUAUCUAUGUCAUCAAGAAGAACGAUGAUGAUAAUGGCAGUUCUCAGACCUCAUCAGAAAAACAUCUCUAUGCAGUGGUUGGCAAUUAAUGCAGAAACUCACAA